AUAUUUGCGUGGGACGUUGGGAGAAGUAAUUGUAACAGUUCAUUUCAUCUCACGAGUCUCGUGGAAAGACGUUAUAAAAGCGAAGAAAUUCCGUUGUCUUCUCUCAAAAUCCUACCGCUAUAAAAACCCUAGACACGCAGUUUCCACCGUCCCCUCCACCACUCACAAUCUAAUUCCCCCCCUCUCUAUCUCUGGUUUUUGGCUCCGACUGGUACGAAAUCCCGACGGUGUGGAAACUCAAUCCAAGGAGGGAUUUUGUGUCUCAAUGGAAAGUCAUCCCACGCAAGAGAGUGUGACCGGUGUAUUUUGAUCUCAUCCGACUCCACACUGGUUCAAUUUUAGUUCUUCUAAAGAAGAUUUUCUAUCCUGUAUAGGACACCAAAUUGUUUUACUUAGCUAACUUUUCUGAGCUUGAGACCAGAAUAGGAUACAAAUUGUUUUACGUCUAAUUCAAACCAAAAUCCAUAAAUAGGGUAUUUAAAUCCAGAAAAAAAUGGGAUACUCGCGCUAGAAUUUAUUACGUAUUCCUAUUUUGAUUACCUUAGCUUCUCUAUAUAUACAUGCAUAUGUGUAUGUAUAGGUUAACAAAAACGAAGGUUUAUCCCACAACUCAGAGAGCUCAAAACUCAAACCGUGACAGAAAAUAUCAACUGCGUCAUUGUCCUUGUCUCCCUCCAUGGCAUCCUCAGCUUCCUCGCAGUCAUCUUCAGCGUCCUCGCAGUCCGCUGACAAGUACGAGGGGUUUGAUCUGUUGAAGUGUUCGACCGUCCAAGAGGGGAAGAAAGAAGCGGAGGUCAAGUUACCGUUAGGGUAUCGAUUUAAUCCCACCGAAGAUGAGAUCGUUGUGUACUUUCUGUUUAACAAGAUUAUGGACCGCGCAAUGCCUACCUACGAUCUUAUAAAAGAGGUUGAUGUGUACGGGUAUGAUCCCAAUCAGCUGCCGAAUGGUGACUUCAAACACAAUGCUGGUUGCAAUGCGGCCUAUUACUUUGCCAAUAGAGAACCGUUUGAUGCUAGUGAGGGGAAGAUAAUUAAGACGGCUGCAAACGGUGGUUACUGGAAGGUGAUCGAUGACGAAUAUGAGGUUUUGUUCAAGGAUAGUGAAGUAAUCGUAGGGUUUGAAGCCGUCAUGAACUUCUACGAGGGGAAGGAGCCAAACGGGACCAAAACUCCCUUUGUCAUGAACGAAUACAGGCUCAAUCCGCAUGUGGUACCUGCUCAUGUGCUGAAUGACAGCAUUAGGAAUAAGAUUGAGAGGUACGUGGUAUGCCGAAUUAUAAACGAGGAGGUUUCGAAUCAGCCCGUUAUCGACUAUAAAAAGGAAUCUCUGGAGCUUCUUUUGAAAUAUGCGUCUGCCGGCACUGUUAAAGACGGAGAACCAAAAUGA